GACCGAGGGGCAGGAGCGGGCCCUGGGGGGCGGCUGAGGGGCAGGAGGAGGCCCCGAAGGGAGACACCCACGCAUGGCUGCCCCCCGAUUCUCACUCCACAGCCGUUCCCCGACUCUCUCCUCUCUUGCAGUGUGGAGGAGCCUGUGGGAGCGCGGCCCCAGGGAUGGCAGCAGCAGCGGUGGCCCGGCAGGCCUGGCCCGGCUCUCCCUUUGCGCUGGGGACGGCAAAGGGGCAGGCAGCUCUGGAGCGUGGAGGAUCCAAGGGACCAGGCCCUUCUCUUUGUCCGCUGCUGCCAGAGCCAUUUUGGGAAGGGGCAGCUGGGGUGGAGAUGGUGGGACACAGCAGCUCACCCUGCGGGAUGUGGCAGAGCAGAUUCGGAAGAAGGAGUGUCGCCGGGUGGUGGUGAUGGCUGGCGCUGGCAUUAGCACCCCCAGUGGCAUCCCGGAUUUCAGGUCCCCAGGGAGCGGCCUCUACAGUAACCUUGAGCAGUACGACAUCCCCUACCCAGAAGCCAUCUUUGAACUCAUGUAUUUCUUUGCCAACCCCAAGCCCUUUUUCACUUUGGCCAAGGAGCUCUACCCUGGCAACUACAGACCCAACUACGCCCACUAUUUCCUGAGGCUCCUGCACGACAAAGGGCUCCUCCUGCGCCUCUACACCCAGAACAUCGAUGGGCUGGAGAGAGUUGCUGGGAUCCCCCCCGAUAGACUGGUGGAAGCCCAUGGCACCUUUGCCACUGCCACGUGUACGGUCUGUCGAAGGAAGUUCCCAGGAGAGGACUUCAGGGGGGACGUCAUGGCAGACAAGGUCCCUCACUGUCCCGUCUGCACUGGAGUCAUCAAGCCUGACAUCGUGUUCUUCGGAGAGGAGCUCCCGCAGCGCUUCUUCCUGCACAUGGCAGACUUCCCCCUGGCAGACCUGCUCUUCGUCAUCGGAACGUCCCUGGAGGUGGAGCCCUUCGCCAGCCUGGCAGGAGCCGUGCACAGCUCCGUCCCCCGCGUCCUCAUCAACCGAGACCUGGUGGGACCCUUCGCCUGGCAGCGGCGCCACAAGGACGUAGCCCAGCUGGGGGACGUGGUCAGUGGGGUGGAGAAGCUGGUGGAGCUGCUGGACUGGGAGGAGGAGAUGGAAGCGCUGAUGCGGAAGGAAAAAGAGAAGCUGGAUGCGAAAGACAAGUAGGAGGAGGCUGGCUCCCUGCUGCCGAGAGACGCAUUCGCCCAGGAAAGGAGACGCCGUCGUGCCCAGCGUGGGGAGGAGGAGAUGGUGGUGGGGAGCCCCGGGAGAGGCCUCCAGCCCCACAGCCGGGAGGCAGGGGGUGCUCCGGGAGGUGGAGCAGAGAGACCCUCACCCACCAAGGAAGGGAGGCUGAAGCCCAAGCACCGAGCUGCAACCGGUUCUGCAGGUGAAAGCUUUGUGACCUGAGGCUUCAGAGCGGUCACUGCAGCCCCCAGCGCUGUCCCCUCCCCCUCUCACCUCAGUCCAGCACCCACCAGCAGAGAUGUCCCUUGUCCCGGCACUGGCCAUCACCCAUCACACCAUCUGGCCACCUCUGGCCAUGAGAGCUUCACCAGCAAGUGCCAGGGGAGCUGUGCAUCCACAGGUUGCCCAAGGCCUCCUCCUGAGCCCUCCCACCCCGGAGACCCCCGGGGGCUGGUGCUGAGCAGCAGGGGCUGAAGAUGCCCCGAAGGCCAGGCCUGAGACAGGACAAUGGAGACUCUUCCAGCUCCUCCCUCCGGAGCGAGCACCCACCGGCUCCUGCCCCGGCUCCUCCUCAGAUGCUUCUCUCUCAGCAACGUCCUCCCGCUGCCGCAGACCAUCCUGUUCAUUCUUCAGCUGAAAUCUCUGCUAAUCAGGGGACAAAUGCUGUCGGGGGGUGUCUGCCCCCCACCCUGUUCAGGAACACCAGCCAAAGCUGCUGGCAGUUUCAAAUUUAUGUCAUGUUAAUUAUUUAAUAAUAAAGAGUUCUAAUUAUUUUGCUGA